GACUCCCUCUUUUCCCUUGAAUGCGGGUGAAGUCAUAUAUUUCAGACGAGGGUGUUUGCAGUAUUUACCUUGGCAACCUGCGCUGUGCACAGUGUACUGUGCUGAAGAGAAUUAGAUAAGAGAAGGGAAGAGAAUAGUACAAGAGAACCAUUAAUUACCUGAACACUCCAACACAAAGAUCAACAUGUCAAACAAGGGCCCGUCUUACGGUCUCACCCGCGAAGUGCAGAGUAAGAUUGAUAAAAAGUACGACACGGAAUUGGAGGAAACGCUGGUGGAGUGGAUCAUGGCCCAGUGCGGAUCUCAAGUGGGCCGGCCGGAGGCGGGCAGACCUGGCUUCCAGGAGUGGCUCAAGAAUGGCUAUGUGUUAGGUGAGCUCAUCAACAGCUUGAACGCACCCAACAAGCCAAUAAAGAGCGUCAAGAAGUCCUCAAUGGCCUUCGCUCAAAUGGAGCAAAUCUCCUUGUUCCUCACCGCGGCAGAAAAAUACGGAGUCACCAAAACUGACAUUUUCCAAACCGUCGACCUCUACGAAAGCAAGGAUAUGGCAGCUGUCCAGAGGACCUUGGCGGCUCUGGGUAGCUUGGCUGUCACAAAGAAUGAUGGCAAUUACAAAGGAGACCCCGGCUGGUUCCAUAAGAAGGCUCAAGAGAACAAGAGGGAAUUUUCCGACGAGCAGUUGAGCGAAGGCAAGAACGUCAUCGGACUGCAAAUGGGAACAAACAAGUUGGCGUCUCAAGCCGGCAUGAGCUAUGGGAGACCCAGACAGAUCAUCAACAACAACUGAGGCCAAAGAGUUAGAUAGUUAGAUCACCUUUGACCUUGCCUGACAAACUGAAACUCAGCUACAAGCAUUCAUACAGAAGCAGAACUGUAGUAUACAUUUAAGAGAAUCAAGAGAAAUUCAUCUAAAUACAACAUGGCACAAGAUACAUUCCAUUUAGUAUUUUACUUUUAUAAUAAUUCUGGCCUUUUUUUGUGUAAUGCAUUCCGUUUGAAAAUGAUUUGAAAAUAAAGCGCCUUUUAACUGUU